AUGGCAAUGGUAGUGUGGAGAGGCUCCCAGGACGACGUGGCGGACACCCAGGGCGCCCUCUCCUCGCAGACCCAAGGCGGGCUGGCGCUGGGCAACGCGCAGCCGGGCCAGCUGGGUCUGACGGCCGCGCAGGUCGCGCCGCCGGCCCCGCAGACCCCCGCGCAAGGCGGCCCCAACAACGGACAGUCGGCGCCCGGCGGUGGACAGGGCGCGCAGCAGCAGACCGAUAAGCAGCCACAGCACAUCGAGUGCGUGGUGUGCGGGGACAAGUCGAGCGGAAAGCACUACGGCCAGUUCACCUGCGAGGGUUGCAAGAGCUUCUUCAAGCGCAGCGUGCGGCGGAACCUGACCUACACAUGCCGGGCCAACCGGAACUGUCCCAUCGACCAGCACCACCGCAACCAGUGCCAGUACUGCCGCCUCAAAAAAUGCCUAAAGGUCGGCAUGAGACGGGAAGUCUCUCUUUUUACUGCAGCCGUGCAAAGGGGACGGGUGCCGCCCACGCAGCCGCACCACGGCCAGUUCGCGCUGACCAACGGGGACCCGCUGCACUGCCACUCGUACCUCUCGGGAUAUAUCUCGCUGCUGCUGCGCGCGGAGCCCUACCCGACGUCCCGCUACGGCAGCCAGUGCAUGCAACCUAACAACAUCAUGGGCAUCGAGAACAUUUGCGAACUGGCGGCGCGCAUGCUCUUCAGCGCCGUGGAGUGGGCCCGGAAUAUCCCCUUCUUCCCGGACCUGCAGAUAACCGACCAGGUGGCCCUGCUGCGACUGACGUGGAGCGAGCUGUUCGUGCUCAACGCGGCGCAGUGCUCCAUGCCGCUGCAUGUAGCCCCGCUGCUGGCUGCAGCCGGCCUGCACGCCUCACCCAUGUCGGCGGACCGCGUGGUGGCCUUCAUGGACCACAUUCGGAUCUUCCAGGAGCAGGUGGAGAAGCUCAAGGCACUGCACGUCGACUCGGCCGAGUACAGCUGCCUCAAGGCCAUCGUGCUCUUUACCACAGACGCGUGCGGCCUCUCGGAUGUGGCCCACGUGGAGAGCCUACAGGAAAAGUCCCAGUGCGCCCUGGAGGAGUACGUGCGCAGCCAGUACCCCAACCAGCCCACCCGCUUCGGCAAGCUGCUUCUGCGCCUGCCCUCGCUGCGCACCGUCUCCUCGUCGGUCAUUGAACAGUUGUUUUUCGUCCGCCUGGUAGGUAAAACCCCAAUUGAAACGCUCAUCAGGGACAUGUUGCUGUCGGGGAGCAGCUUUAACUGGCCUUACAUGUCCAUUCAGUAA